UCUCGCUACAACGUCGACUGCUACGCUUUCAACUUCUUCUUUUCAAACGCAGAUCACUUCCUGAUAUUCGAUUUUCUUGAAUAAAACAAUGGAGACUGAAGAGAAUAAUCAGAAUGUUAACCAUGUAAUGGCUUCAUCGGGGGCGACAGGAAGUAUAUCAGUUUUAUUGCAUCCCUUGGUUGUGAUGAAUAUAUCUGAACAUUGGACUCGAGUGAGAGCCCAGGAAGGGAAAGCACAGCAAGUGAUUGGUGCACUCAUUGGAAAGCAGAAAGGAAGAAGCCUAGAAAUCAUGAAUUCCUUUGAACUGGUUUUCACUGUUAUUGAGAAUGUGGUAAUUGACCGAGAUUACUACAACACAAAAGAGGAGCAAUUCAAGCAAGUGUUUAGUGAUAUGGAUUUCCUUGGCUGGUAUACCACUGGAGAUGCUCCCAAUGAAUCUGACAUUCAUGUCCACAAACAAAUAUGUGAGAUUAACGAAAGUCCUGUAAUUUUGAAGCUUAAUCCUUUUACACGAAAUGCUGACCUCCCUGUAACAAUGUAUGAAUCUGUAAUUGAUCUUGUCAAUGGAGAGGCAACUAUGCUCUUUGUUGAAUUGACUUAUACUUUGGCCACAGAAGAGGCAGAAAGAAUUGGAGUUGAUCAUGUUGCUAGAAUGGCUUCUGGUGAUUCAGCUGAAAGUUCUCAAGUGGCGGAACAAUUGCAAGCCCAACACAACGCAGUAAAAAUGCUUGCCAACCGAGUGCGAUUGAUAUUAGAAUACAUUCGAGCCAUGGAGAGAGGAGAGGUUCCAAAGUCUCACGAAGUCUUACGCGAAGCUAAAUCUCUGACCCACAGGUUACCUGUCCUCAACUCUGAAAUUUUCCAGGAGGAAUAUUACACCCAAUACAAUGAUGUCUUGCUGCAAACCUAUUUGGCAUCCAUUACCAAAGCAUGUCACGACCUUCACCAGUUUGUCACCAAAUUCAACAUACUUUGCGACCGUCAAGGCAUAAUGGGUCGCCGAAUGCGUGGUCUCUUUUUCUGAAUUGUGAGCAUUGUAUAACAUAUUUAAGGAAACAUGCUUUGUGCCCUACCUAAUACAUAUUGGUUUUGAUCAAGA